GGUAGGAGGGUCCUGCCUCGUUAGGUCACUCAUCCAAUUCUAGAACUUGACCUGUCAGGUGACUGAACCAAAAAUAGCCCUGCAGAGAGUAUAUAGAGGUCUAUACGCAGGCCCUGGAGUUCAGAACAGCACUUGCCCCGCUGUCUGAAACAUACAGGACACUCACUGCACCACGAGAGCCGUUGACAAGAGGAAAGGCCUUUUUUGAAGGACAUAUCUUAAUUCAAUAAUUUCACUGCCUUUUGCUUUAUAAUUUUACCAUUGAAAAAGGCUUGAAGAUUUUCAACAGAUUUUUUUUUUAAAUUUUCUUUGAGCAAGACUGAACUUUUAUAAGGAUGAAGUACUACCAGGACCCAGUCUGCCAGUCCAUGGGCAUCCAGGCUUAUGGCCCCAAGGAGUCCAGCAGCUCCUCUUGCGCCCACUCUUCUCCACAGAUCAAACCAGUCCGCAGCGUCCACUUCCCCAACGACAUUGUGUUCCAGGACUACGUCCGGCAGGGCGAGCUGGACAGGAUCGGACUCUUCAUCAGAAAGAGGAGGGUCAGCUUGGAAACCAUCUACCACUCUGGAAUGGCAGCGAUCCAUGAGGCUGUCCUCUCUGGGAACCUGGAGUGUGUGAAGCUGCUGGUGAAGCACGGAGCAGACGUCCACCAGAGAGACGAGGAGGGCUGGACACCUCUCCACAUGGCCUGCAGUGACGGAUUCCCUGACAUUGCCAAGUACCUGCUUUCUAUUGGCGCAGACCCUCAGGCGGAGAACGAGUGUGGGGAGUCACCUGCCGAUCUCAUCGACCCAGAGUGCACCGGGGUUCGUGAGCUGCAGGGGCUGCUUGGGGUGGAGGACGACGGAGCUCUCAUCUAACCUUAAAACGUCACUGAAACAUGUGUCACCUUCCUCGCCCAGGCCUCCCGGUUGACCCUCCACAAUGGAAUGAAAUGGGCAGAUCAGCAGAACAUCGUCAUUCUGUGCCCUCAUUGUAGACUUCCUGGAGACAUAUCUGGUCUGGUGGGAGGAAGGCUGCCAGCCAACAGUAGAUGGUUGCCUUUGAGAGUGAACUGAACUGUUGCUGGAAAGGGGCUCCUCCCAGGCAAUCUCAGCAGGCAUCGCUUUGUAAUGCUGUUUGCAGGUGCAGAAGUUAGUUUGAGCUUUUGUACUUUUUUUUAUAGAGGGUGAACAACACUGGAAUGACAGUAUGGUAAUGAGCUUUUCUAGUUACUUUAUAGUUGAUGUGCGAAAGCUUUUUUGGAAGUUGUGAAACAUGGAUCUGUGGUUGUCCUGUGACUCGUAGGGCCACUCUGCAGUAAACCAAUGUGAUAGGUCAACUCUACCUCCUGACAGCAUUUAUAGUUCAAGAUUUGUCAUUUACACCCUACAGCUUUUCCAUUUGAAACAAAGACCCUGCAUACUGUAUGUACUCUAAAAUGUACCACAUGAAUGUUUGUCUAACGCUUUACCUCUAUACUUUUUUUUUAUUCUAUACUUUUGCAAACACCACUGGAAUGGCUAAUUGUGUGUUUACAAUUGCUUUUACAAACUGUGUGCAAUCAAUUGUGGUUACACCGCUUUGUAAUGAAUUGCCUUUUUAUACAUUUUUUCAAUAAAAUUGUU